ACGUACGUGCGUACUUGCGUCAGCGGGCGGGCGGGCGCGCCAGAGGUCUCGCGUUCCGGCGCGAGCGGCCGUGGAAGCUCUAGAAACGUCCAGAGCGAGGCUCCCUGCUGCGUCACUGCGCGAGAGCGAGAAGCUCAGACACGCGAAUUAACACCGUAGUGGCUCGGCUUCAGGAUCUUCUUUUAUCGUACUUCACCGAUUAUUGACAUAAGACAAAAUAUCACAAAGGGCAGCGCGUCAAAAAAAGGAAGGAACGAAAGAAAACGCAGAAAAGACGGCUACAAGAUGCAGCCAGCAAGUGCUAAGUGGUACGACAGACGAGACUAUGUCUUCGUUGAGUUUUGUGUAGAGGACAGCAAAGACGUCCAGGUGAAAUUUGAAAAGUCAAAGCUUGACUUCAACUGUCUUGGUGGAACAGAUGGGCUCAAACAUCAAAAUGAAAUUGAACUUUUUGAAGUUAUCGAUCCGAAUGAGUCGAAGCACAAACGCACAGAUAGAUCUGUUCUGUGUUGUUUAAAAAAAUCUGAAUCUGGGAAGUCAUGGCCAAGGUUAACAAAAGACAAGGCAAAAAUCAACUGGCUCAGUGUUGACUUCAACAACUGGAAAGACUGGGAAGAUGAUUCCGAUGAAGAACUUUCCAAUUUUGACCGUUUCUCAGAGAUGAUGAACAACAUGGGAGGAGAAGAUGAACUACCAGAUGUCGAUGGGGCUGAUGAUGAGGAGUCUGCUGAUAGUGAUGAUGAAAAAAUGCCAGAUCUUGAGUGAAGGAAAAGGACGUGUGCGCUAGAAGGAAAAAUGUACCAAUUGCUGAUCUGAAAAGUAAAUGAUCUAUAGACAAGAGAUGGUAGCCAUAUACAAAUCGUUGCAUCUUUUUAAUAGCAGUUUUCCCAGACAGUUAUAAACAACGGCUUCACUGACGUUUGAUAUGCAUACCAUUGUACAGAGCUGUCUCCAGUCUUUGGCAGUGCUGUGCUUUACUGUUUUAUUCUGCAUGGACUAUUUCCAUGAUGUGUUGUGAGGUAUUAUUGUCCAUUAACCAAAACACUGGCUUUGACACUAUAUUGGCAAAUAUGUCUGAAGUUUAAUGAUGUAUGUCUUACCCCACCUGUCCUUUUUUGUUUAAAAGUGACAUUGUUUACAGGGGGGCAGAAUAUAUUCAUGGUAGUUUCUAAUGAAAAUAACGUUAACGAAUUUCAAAGCCAAGUAUAUUUUCAAUAAAGUCUUGUUUGUUUUUUAAUUUU